AUGAUGUGUGAAGUGAUGCCCACGAUUAACGAGGACACCCCGAUGAGCCAAAGGGGGUCCCAAAGCAGUGGCUCGGACUCAGACUCCCAUUUUGAGCAACUGAUGGUGAAUAUGCUGGAUGAGAGGGAUCGUCUUCUAGACACCCUUCGCGAGACCCAGGAGAGCCUCUCACUGGCACAGCAAAGACUGCAGGAUGUCAUCUAUGACAGAGACUCGCUCCAGAGACAGCUCAAUUCAGCCCUGCCACAGGAUAUCGAAUCCCUAACAGGAGGGCUGAGUGGUUCUAAGGGGGCGGAUCCACCGGAAUUUGCUGCACUGACAAAAGAAUUAAAUGCCUGCAGGGAGCAGCUGCUGGAAAAAGAAGAAGAAAUUUCUGAACUGAAGGCUGAAAGAAACAACACGAGACUGUUACUGGAGCAUUUGGAGUGCCUCGUGUCACGACAUGAAAGGUCACUGAGAAUGACGGUGGUCAAGCGGCAAGCCCAGUCCCCCUCGGGAGUAUCGAGUGAAGUUGAAGUCCUCAAGGCACUGAAGUCUUUGUUUGAGCACCACAAAGCCUUGGAUGAGAAGGUAAGGGAGCGACUGAGGGUUUCUUUAGAAAGAGUCUCUGCACUGGAAGAAGAACUAGCUGCUGCUAAUCAGGAGAUUGUCGCCUUGCGAGAGCAAAAUGUUCAUAUACAAAGAAAGAUGGUAUCAAGUGAGGGAUCCACAGAGUCUGAACAUCUUGAAGGGAUGGAACCUGGCCAGAAGGUCCACGAGAAGCGUCUGUCCAACGGCUCCAUAGACUCAACUGACGAAACUAGUCAAAUAUUGGAACUACAAGAAUUACUUGAGAAACAAAACUAUGAAAUGGCCCAAAUGAAGGAACGCCUCGCUGCUCUUUCUUCCCGAAUGGGCGAAGUGGAACAGGAAGCAGAGACGGCGAGAAAGGAUCUCAUUAAAACAGAAGAAAUGAACACUAAAUAUCAAAGGGAUAUUCGGGAGAUGGAAGAGAAAAACAGACAACUACAAGAGCGUCUUGAGCUGGCUGAGCAAAAGUUGCAGCAGACUAUGAGGAAGGCUGAAACUUUACCUGAAGUAGAGGCCGAACUGGCUCAAAGAAUCGCAGCCCUGACAAAGGCGGAAGAAAGACAUGGAAAUAUUGAAGAGCGGAUGAGACAUCUAGAGGGGCAACUUGAGGAAAAAAAUCAAGAACUUCAAAGAGCUAGACAAAGAGAGAAAAUGAACGAGGAGCACAACAAAAGAUUGUCCGAUACUGUGGACCGACUCCUGACGGAAUCCAAUGAACGCCUGCAGCUGCACUUGAAGGAACGGAUGGCUGCGCUCGAAGAGAAGAAUGUUUUAAUUCAAGAAUCAGAAACUUUCAGAAAGAAUCUUGAAGAAUCUUUACAUGAUAAGGAAAGAUUAGCAGAAGAAAUUGAAAAGCUGAGAUCAGAACUUGACCAACUGAAAAUGAGAACUGGCUCUUUAAUUGAACCCACAAUAUCAAGAACUCAUCUAGACACUUCAGCUGAGCUGCGGUACUCGGUGGGCUCGCUAGUGGACAGCCAGUCUGACUACAGAACAACAAAAGUGAUAAGGAGACCAAGGAGAGGCCGCAUGGGUGUGAGAAGAGAUGAGCCAAAGGUGAAGUCCCUGGGGGAUCAUGAGUGGAACAGAACUCAACAAAUUGGAGUCCUCAGUAGCCACCACUUUGAAAGUGACACUGAAAUGUCUGAUAUUGAUGAUGAUGACAGAGAAACAAUUUUUAGCUCCAUGGAUCUUCUCUCUCCAAGUGGUCACUCUGAUGCCCAGACCCUAGCCAUGAUGCUUCAGGAGCAGUUGGAUGCUAUCAACAAAGAAAUAAGGCUAAUCCAAGAAGAAAAAGAAUCUACGGAAUUGCGUGCUGAAGAAAUUGAGAACAGAGUGGCUAGCGUGAGCCUGGAAGGGCUGAAUUUGGCGCGGGUCCACCCUGGCACGUCCAUCACCGCCUCGGUCACCGCGUCGUCGCUGGCCAGCUCGUCCCCCCCGAGUGGACACUCGACGCCAAAGCUCACCCCGCGGAGUCCUGCCAGGGAAAUGGAUCGAAUGGGAGUCAUGACGCUGCCAAGUGACCUAAGGAAACAUCGGAGAAAGAUUGCAGUGGUAGAAGAAGAUGGUCGGGAGGAUAAAGCAACAAUUAAAUGUGAAACUUCUCCUCCCCCCACGCCCAGAGCUAUCAGGAUGACCCACACCCUACCCUCUUCCUACCACAACGAUGCCAGAAGUAGUUUAUCUGCCUCUCUUGAGCCAGAAAGCCUUGGGCUGGGAAGUGCCAACAGCAGCCAGGAUUCUCUGCACAAAGCCCCCAAGAAGAAAGGAAUCAAGUCUUCAAUAGGACGCUUGUUUGGUAAAAAAGAGAAAGCUCGGCUCGGGCAGCUCCGAGGCUUCAUGGAGACCGAAGCUGCAGCUCAGGAAUCUCUGGGGUUAGGCAAACUUGGCACACAAGCCGAGAAGGACAGGAGACUUAAAAAAAAGCAUGAACUUCUUGAAGAAGCUCGGAGGAAAGGAUUGCCUUUUGCCCAGUGGGAUGGACCCACUGUGGUUGCUUGGCUAGAGCUUUGGCUGGGAAUGCCUGCCUGGUACGUGGCAGCUUGCCGAGCCAACGUGAAAAGCGGUGCCAUCAUGUCUGCUCUCUCGGACACUGAGAUCCAGAGAGAAAUCGGGAUCAGCAAUCCCCUGCAUCGCUUGAAGCUCCGCUUGGCCAUCCAGGAGAUGGUUUCCCUCACAAGCCCUUCAGCUCCUCCCACGUCGCGAACUCCUUCAGGCAACGUUUGGGUGACGCAUGAAGAAAUGGAAAAUCUUGCAGCUCCGGCCAAAACGAAAGAGUCUGAGGAAGGAAGCUGGGCCCAGACUCUGGCUUAUGGAGAUAUGAACCAUGAAUGGAUCGGAAAUGAGUGGCUUCCCAGCCUGGGGUUACCUCAGUACAGAAGCUACUUCAUGGAAUGCUUGGUGGACGCAAGAAUGUUAGAUCACCUCACCAAGAAAGACCUUCGGGUUCACUUAAAAAUGGUGGAUAGUUUCCAUCGAACAAGUUUACAGUAUGGAAUUAUGUGUUUAAAAAGGUUGAAUUAUGAUAGAAAAGAACUAGAACGGAGACGAGAAGCAAGCCAACAUGAAAUAAAAGAUGUGUUGGUGUGGAGCAAUGAUCGAGUUAUUCGCUGGAUACAAGCAAUUGGACUUAGAGAAUAUGCAAAUAAUAUUCUUGAAAGUGGUGUGCAUGGCUCACUGAUAGCCCUGGAUGAGAACUUCGACUACAGCAGCUUAGCUUUGUUACUACAGAUUCCAACACAGAAUACCCAGGCACGGCAGAUUCUGGAAAGGGAAUACAACAACCUCUUGGCCCUGGGAACUGAACGCCGGCUGGAUGAAAAUGAUGACAAGAAUUUCAGACGUGGAUCAACCUGGAGAAGGCAAUUCCCUCCCCGAGAAGUCCAUGGAAUCAGCAUGAUGCCUGGGUCCUCGGAAACAUUGCCAGCUGGAUUUAGGUUAACCACCACAUCUGGGCAGUCCAGGAAAAUGACAACAGAUGAUGUCGUCUUUUCAGCCUACUCUACCUAAAGUGCACUACCAUCCAAGAAGACAAGCAAUGAAAACCUUUGUGAAGACAGAGUUCAAAGGAAAUAAUGACAAGUAAUGGUUUAUUAAGAGCUGAAAAAGUGAUGGGGGAUCAGAUAUUAAGCUCGAUUAGUUUACUACAAUUGUAAUAAAACGCUUAAGUCAUUUGAAUAAUAAGCAUCAUCCACAUCAUCAAUUCUGUACAACAGAUGCUUUUAUGAAACAGAACCAC